AUGGUGCUGUUCAGCAUCAACUCCAAGGAGCAAGUGGCGACGAUUCCCCUUUUGAACAUUAAGGACAACAAGAUUGUGUGUGGCACCAUCCCCACCGUUUGGGCCAUUCCGCAUUGGCCCUUGUGGUUCCCCUUCUGCGAGUCGAACAAGUUGCUGCGGCGCUUCUCGCCCUCCAGCUUUAUCAUGAAUUGUACCCUCAAGGUGCUGUUCCUGCGGAUUGACUUUGUGGUCUUGGUGGACAUUGCGGACAAGCUUCACACCGAGGAGGAGUGCUUGGAGAUCUUGAUGCGAUCCCCACCUGCAGGCUCAGAAGGAGAGGAGUGGAUGGGCAUCACCGUCCCUCCGAAGUGCGGCUCCUUGCCGCGCAUUUGCAUCCGCGAGUCUCGCUUGAAGAUGCGGCCGACGGCAUCCGAUCAGUUUCAAUGCGACUUGCAGCUGGAGAUGGAUGACCCAGCACAAGCGCCCACCUGGGCAAAGGUCUUUGUUUUUCAACAAUUGGGCCUGAGGAUCAUCCCCGAGAUGUGCAAGUUUCAGCCGAAGAUUCCAGGCUCUCCUUUGGACACCUAUCUGAACGGAAGCGACAAGAAGGACAUGGAAGGGGAGAUGAUUCCACCGGAGGGCUUGGAGUACAUUCGCCAAAUGGACGAGUCCAUCCGAAAGUACCAUGCCGGGCGCUCUCUGAAGCAAGGCACGUCCAAGUCUUCUGGGAGGUCGCAUAGCUUCAGCAACAGCAAGAAAGUGCUUCAGGACCCCACCGCUCGCGCGCGAGACGACAAGCGGAUCGAUCGAUCGGCCAAGCCGACGCAGCAAGCACGAAGCACCAACGGCACCAACGGCAAAGAGGCACACUGGUUCUACUUGGAUGAGAUUGUGGAACAUGAGAAAGGUUCCUAUCCUGCCUUGGAUGUAUUCGCCUUUGUGGAGCUCUUAGCGGAGACCAAGGAGGUCUUGCGGUCGCUGCGCCACCCCGACGAGUGGGUCGAGCUCUAUCGUCGGUGGAGUGAUCGGCGGAUGUCCAAGGGCCGCGCGGGGGCGGUGAUCUUCGAUGGCAGGCUGGAGAGCAUCUUGAUGGUGCAGUCCUUUCGCGGUUCCUUUUCCUUUCCUGCUGGGAAGCUGGAAGAUGAUGAGACAGAGGUGGAGUGUGCCAUCCGUGAAGUGCAAGAGGAGUUGGGCAUGGAUCUCUCGCAGCUCCUCAACGAAAGGUUUGUCAUCUCGACGCCUGAGAAGGUGCAGGUGAAGCCCAGCACGAAGAAGGAGAUUCAGAAGAUCGCAUGGAUCCAUGUGACGAAAUUACCCGGCUGGACCACUUCUACAACCAGCUCCAAGCUGCGGUUCUUCAACGUGGAGCCUUUCAUCCCCGAGCUCAAGCGCUGGGCGCGACGGAACGCCGAGGCGACGCUGGAUCCGGCGACGCAGACGUCCACGUCCUUGUCUCGUGAGGCCGGACUGAGUGCCGAUUGGCUGGACUUGGAGCGAGCCCUCAGCUGCUUCGACGCUGCUUGGGACGGAGCUUUGAAAACACGACGGAGCUUCGAAGCUGAAGUCAAUCGAGUUAAAGUACCAGGUAUGAUCUUCCUCGAACAGGCGACCUGUGGCCGGCCUCAGUGGUGGUCAACGCUGGCCAGUGUGCCUCUGGGCUUGAAUCCGCUCACGAACGUCCUGCUCAAGCGAAUCAUUCUUCAGAUGACAGAGAUACACGCAGGCAGGGACCGUACCCGAUACAUGCGCAAGACCACAUAUGCAGAGUUCAUCGUUGGAAUCAUGGUGGUGAUCAUUGCCAUUAGUGUAGCCGCGUGUGCUUCGAGCGGAGUGAGCAUUUUGAAUCCCGACUUUCUUCGCCCUGUUACAGUGGCCUUGACUCUCGCAAUCCUUGUCCUUGUGGUCCUUGACGGUGUCUUUUCGUGGUCAGCAUACACUGCUUUGCGCUCAGUUGUACGUGAUGUGCGGAUGGUUAUGCCAGCGCAAGAGGCUGGCAGAUUAAGCACCGCCAUGGCAGUUGCAAGAGCAAACCUUUGCCUGGUGGUGCUGGCAGUGCUGGGCACCAGCCUUUUCUAUGGCAUGUUUGUGGUCGGUGGUGUUGCCUUCCUUCUCUUCUACCAGGCAGGACCUGUGCAACAAAAUGAGGACUACUCGGACGCCCCAUUUGCGCUUGCGCUUGUGCCGUUGGUGAUCUGGUGUUUGGACAGCAUUUUCAACGAUGUGUGUGCUGUCUAUUUGGGCUGCGGCCCCACUCAGGCCGCACUGGAGUUGGUGACACAAGCCAGCCAAGUGGAUGCUGUGGGCAUGCCAGUGGCAGACACCGUGUCAGGUCAAGUGCUAGGAGCAUCGGUAGGAUCCCUACCGAAUGCUGUCGACACUGAGACAUGGAGAGCUCACAAGUGA